CACGCCACCGCACACUCGCGGUGAAAAUGGGCAGUGGAUGCAGCAAGCGGGUGGAUAAGCAAGUGGCCGACUGGACGUCUACCAAUGUAUGCGAUUACGUGGAACAGUCCUCUAUAUCGAGCGACGCGAAAGCCGCCAUCGUGGCGUGGGUGACGGAUCACGCGAUGACUGCCCCGCAACUCUUGGACAUGGAGACGAGCAUGGUGUUGGCGCAGUUGAAGCUUCCUGCCAGCGACGCGUCCCACGUGGCAACGUUUCUGUCGGAUCUGAGGGCGUUGGCCGCCGCUGAAUGCACAUCCGCAGUGAUCCACACGACACUCCAAGGCCUCCCCGCAGCACUUGAAAAGGCCGUGUACGUGUACGAGAAGUACCCCCUCAUCAUCGACGAGACCGGCCAAGCAGCGCAGUUUUUCAAGUACCAGCGCGGGUGCUUCCUCCUGGCUGGCAACCCCGCUGACGUUACGGCAGCCAUCUUGCGACGGUCUCUCGUUGCGGCGUUGCGUCUCGGUACCGUCAUGACGAUCUGCUUUGACAGGAUCGCUGGCCUCGAACUCGAUCAGUUUUAUUCCGACACGUGGUUUCCAUCGCAAGUAUUGGAUCGGCAAGAAUUUUUCAAGGCGGAGGUGUGGGCGCAAUUGCUGCGGCAGAGCGAAGGAGACCCGGAAGCGUCGUUGUUCUUGCCGUCCGAUUCGUUCAAACUUGUCGUGCUGUGUGGAAAUAUUCCGCCACCUCCGCGAACACUCGAGCGCAUGUGCUUGGUCCGGGUGCAGGCGCUCGACGCGAACACCACCAUCCAAGACGAUGGUGGCGACGUGGCGGCCGCACUGGGCCUCAAAGAAGUGAAGCGCAAUAGCACCGAUGUCGUCGAGGCUGGAUUUGACGGGGACGUGGCAACGAUGACGGCCCUGGUGGAAAAAGGAUUCCACAUUGAGAGCGAAGACGGCCACCGCCACACCGCACUCUCGGAAGCGGCGUGCCAAGGCCACCUCGAGAUGCUUCAAUACUUGCUAUCGUUGGGCGCCAACCCAAACUGCGUCAACGACACGGGUCGUUCGCCGCUGUACCGGGCGAGCUACAAUGGACAUGUGGACAGUGUGAUGCUCUUACUGCGGGCAGGAGCCGACCCCCGCAUCUGUACAAAGGAAGGAGAAAAGCCUUUCGACGUCGCCAAAGGCAAAGAGACAGCCGACGCGUUGAGCGCAUGGCCGGUCGAAACAACCGAACGACUUCUCGCCGAACGCCGCGAGAUCAUGGACAAGAGGCUGCAAGAGCGGCUGACGAGCCACGUUGCCAGAGAACACGUGGCAAAGAUGCGCAUCCGCGACGACUUGAUCAAGCUGGCCAGCUCGACCGCAAGCACGGCUGCCGACCAGCUCAAGGACAUGCUGAUGGGUCUUGCCGCCGACGCGGUGGCCAACUCAGACAAACCUCGAGGGACGGCCAACUCCCGCGACGACCGAGGGUGCACGCUGCUUGCAAUCGCCGCUCAAUGCGACAAUGCGGACGUAGCGACCCUCCUGCUUACCCAUUGGAAGCAAUUCCAAGACGAUGCCCAUCCCGUCGUGCGCAAAGCUCGGUACGCCAAAGACGUGUACAUUGACGUGUUCCGCGCCCAAGUGAACGCGCGAGACAUGAAGGGAUGGACUCCCAUUGCUAUCGCGGUAUUCCAUCACGCGAAAAAGACGGCUCGGCUACUGUUGCAGCACGGCGCCAACCCCCGCUUGAAAAACCAAGUACGGGACGACGCACGUGUAUAACGGCAUGAUCGACCAUUGAGCAGUACAACAAGAACGCCAUCGACUUUGCCCAGGACGAGCUCGACGCAGCGCGGAACAUUGUCACGUCGCGAGCCGAGAUCCGUUCGGUUCUGGACGAGUGGGAGUCGGCGCAGCUUGAGAGCACGUUGGAAAACCAUCGCAACAAGUUUGCGGUCGGAGCGGCCGAACCAUUGCCGUCGGAUGGCGGCGCGACGUUGUUGGCGAUCGAAGUCGCCAUGGAAGCGCAGCACAACGCCGCCAAGAAGAAAUCGAAUCGGAAAAAGGCGAUCAAGACCAAACAUGCCAAAUAGAGCAAGUGGAUUCCGACACAUUCUCGUCAUGGCACUGCUGUGCCGGCGUGGGGAUCGCGUCGUCGACAAGUUGAAGCUUGAGAGGACUAGCACGGAUGCCCGGUUCCUUCAAUCGAGAGUCUGGCGCGCCGAGUGGGUGAUACCUCUGCGCGAAUCUCACGCUUGGGCAAGUGAUAACAUUGCCUCACGCCAAC